CGCGACGCGUCUCCGUCGAACGAAGCUUCCGGUCCGUCGCCGAAUGGCCCGGUUUACGAGUGACACUAUGCAAUGUGCUCGUAUCACGGCGUGGACCAGAUCAAAAAAUAAAAAGAUCCCUAAUAGACCUAAGCAGCACAUGGCAUACGCUGAGAAAAAGAAAACAAACAAAGAUAAAAUCCCCUAGAUAGAUCAAUAGUGGCGAAAUCUAUUUUUCAUUCAUUUCAAAAUUUUCUUUUAAUCGGAAGACAUUCCAAAAUCACUACGUGCAAGUAGCGUCCCCGGCUACUAUUGUCCUUGUGUUAUCGCUCCUGCUUAUCAGCCCUCAAGCAAGUGUCAAUAUAUAUUUAUUAUUGUGAGUGAUCCAAGAGACAGGUAAUGCAAGAUUGAGUUAUCUUCUUGGUACUAAGAGAAGAAGAAAAGCAAGAGAGGCAGCUGGUGUAUGGACCAUCCUAAGCUGGGAAACAUCUUCUGGGAAGUUGAUCUGGACCAAGGUAUAUGUGCAAUCGCCAUUGCCAUCGGUUUCCACCGGUGAUAUCCAGGAAGUCGAGGACGAACCUCGCUGAACUCAUCCGCAAGAUGCGAGCCGCGUUUUGCAUCUCGUCGACUGCUCCUAUUAAUUCUUCGAGGAUCAACGGAUGGAAUCCGUCGUGCAAUGUUUAUUAAAACUGCAGUCCUAUCGAGCAUUAAAUACCCUGGACGUGGUUCGAAUCAAAUAAUUUAUCAGGACAAUGAGUGCAACGUGAUGCGUGUACGGUAUGCUAAGCUACGGUAUGCUCGAGUAAUUCCUUGGACGAUAAUGAGAAGAAAAUUUGUACUAAUGAAAUCGUUCGAGAGCGACUUCAAAAUAUUGAGAUGCGAAACAAUACAAGACGGAGAAACGUUGAAAAUUCUCGAGGAAGAGGAAUAAGGAGCAAAGGAGAAAGCAUUAUCUUGGACGCCGAUAUCUCGCAAGAAAAGAAAACAAAGUGCUCUACGACAUUCGAUAUAAAAAAAUUAAUCGACACACUUCGGCGGAUUUAAUAUAGUGAAGUAUGAACGAUGAGGAUUCUACGGGAGUGGUAAGUCGUAGAAUUGGUAAAAGUGAGGAGAAAGGAAGAUCAAGAACAAGAGGAGACAAAAGCGGGAAGAAUAUAUCUCCCGUGUACGUGGGGAUGGGGGGGCAACGACGAGGGAUGAUUUAAUAGCGAUAUACACGUGUAGCGUAGUACGGUGUCUGCGAAAGUGAAAAGAAAAAGAAAACUCGAAUUCCGGCCCCUUUAGAAAUGACGUAGGAGAGACUAUUCAAAAUGACCGAUACGGAAAACCUAACGGAGGCCUCCAUACGUUUGUGCCUGUUUCCGGACAAUGACUCGAUCUUGGAAGAUCCAAGAACAGCAGCCGUUAGAAGAAUCAGCUACGGUAUAGUGAUGCCAAUAAUUUGCUGUCUUGGAAUAAUUGGAAACGUCUUGAAUCUCGUUGUUCUGACCAGACGUAACAUGCGCGGCACUGCCUAUAUUUAUAUGAGGGGAUAUUCAGCUGCUGCACUGCUAGCUAUAUUAUUCUGCAUCCCUUUCUCUCUAAGGGUUCUGAUCCACAAGGAAACGGGAAGAUGGAGCAACUGGACCCAAGCCUUCUAUCACGCACACUUCGAACUAUUUUUGGGAAACGGUUGCCUGGGUGUGGGAGUGAUGAUGCUCCUUGCUCUGACAGUGGAGCGUUACGUGAGCGUCUGUCAUCCAGGACAACACACGAGGCCCCUGUGUGGACCACCCCACCUGACGGUGGUUCUCAUUCCUCUGGCUACGUUCCUGGUCUAUUUGCCAAGCAUCUUUCGUGGCGAGAUAACCACCUGUCUCUUAACACCUGCCGGCCCGCUCAUUUAUCAGAAGAGAGACAACAUCUUCUUCAUGCACUCCUUGUUCUAUCAGGUAUACAAAGUCGUAUUGGAAAUCGUCUUUAAAGUCGCGCCGACCAUUCUGCUGGCCGGGUUCAAUCUGCGGAUCAUGAUAGUCUACAGAAGAUCCUGCGAGCGCCGACGGAGGAUGACGCUCUCGAGGACCGUGAGCAGCGACGAGGAUCCCAGGACCUUCGCCGAGGAGAGGAGACUGGUCCUGUUGCUGGGCAGCACCAGCAUCCUCUUUCUGGUGUGCGUCAGUCCUAUGGUCAUUCUCAAUGUCACUCUUAGCGAGAGCAAUCUCAGUCUGUAUCCUUAUCAGGUCUUCCGAGCCCUGGCGAAUCUCCUCGAGGUGAUCAACUACUCCAUAACGUUCUACAUUUACUGCCUGUUCUCCGAAGACUUUCGUAACACCCUGAUACGUACCUUCCAUUGGCCCUGGGGGUCAGAGGGCAGAAGCGGUCGGGGCGUUCCCAUGAAGCGCUCGCCGAUACCGAGGCCCACGACCACGACUACACCACCGACGACCGCCGUCGCGACGCCCGGGCACGUGACGCGUGCCAGCGUCUAGCGAUGUCACGGGCGCUGCUGCCAGGAUCAGCGCCAAGAGAGAAGCGACAGUGUCCGACCUUGUCUACGUUAUGGCGUCUCGGCGCUGUAAACCGACGGAUGCGAGAUUUCUUUUUAUUCCGUCGGACAAGCCGACGCGAGGCGUCGGGCCUCUUUACGAUUCUUUGACGUGGGAAUAGCGGGAGAGAGAGAGAGAGAGAGAGAGAGAGAGAGAGAGAGAGAGAAACAGGAGAAAGUUUGAUCUGUACUUAUCUGUGAUGACCGCCAUUAGAUUUUUCUACCGAUGCGACGAGCGUCCCGACGCCAUUUUUUGAAGAAAACUCAUCACGAGCUUUUCAUCGCGAUGGACCGUUCCAUGAUGAUUUGUAAUCACUCCUGGACACUCUGCGGAGAAUUUUGGAGAUUACACUGGUCGUCGUUGAGGGGUCGAGUGAAUUGGUAUAAUUAUUUUUGCUGGUAAGAAUUAUCUGUAAACUUCGAAUUAACUUGAGGGAGAUAAAAGUGGUUUCGUCUAGUAUGUAAAUGUGUCAUGGGGCAAAAGCUAUGGAAUCCAGAAUGGGAAAAAUAGCCCAUGGGGUCUCUAGAUUUUUGUUCGUCUUUUCUUCUUCCUUCUUUGCUGCUCCAGACUAUCGGUGAUACGACUCGUCCUGUACAGUCCUUUCGGUGCAUUGGAACGCUUAAUGGUCUCUUUUUUUCUACUUGACCAAAUGGAAAUGCGUGUAGUUUCGUUCCCAGUGCGAAGAGACGCGACAGCGUGGCGUUGCAGCAAGAAAGCAAAAGACAGGCAAACGGAGAAUGAAUGAAUAUAUAGUAAACACGUGUAUACGCAAUGUUGCGAAUGUUUAAAAGAAAACAUACCAUACCGAAAGUACGUGUUCGUAAAUGUACAGUAAUUCGUCAUGCAUGUGAAAAUCAUUGAAUAAAUCAGUCACU